AUGCCGCCGAAGCGUAUCCUGGUAAUUGCUGGCUCAGAUAGUUCGGGUGGGGCCGGACUAGAGGCUGAUCAGAAGGUUAUUGCAGCCCAUGGCUGCUAUGCUAUGACUGCUACUACCGCGUUGACAGCACAGAAUACGCUAGGUGUGCAGGACAUACAUCAUACACCCCCGGACUUUGUGAAGAAGCAGAUUGAUGCUGUUUGUGAUGAUAUCGGAGCCGAUGUUGUCAAGACUGGCAUGCUUGCGUCGGCAGAGACGAUCAAGAUUGUCGCCGACGCGUUGAAGAGACACAACAUUAGCACGAGUGUUGUUGACCCUGUAACGGUCUCGACAUCGGGUUCACAACUUCUUCCUGAAGCGGCGGUUACAACACUGAUCGAACAUCUUCUCCCUCAUACAACGCUUCUAACACCAAAUCUCCCAGAGGCAAAACUUCUUUUGAAAGCUGCAGGCGUUGAAUUGCCGGACCCGCAGAAUAUUGAUGACAUUAUCGCAAUGGCACGUCAUAUCCACGAGAGAGGACCCAAGUGGGUGUUACUUAAGGGAGGCCACCUACCAUUAACACGCAGUCAUUUUGUCAGUAAAGAGGAGGCGGACCGGGAAGUAGUACUAAAUGUGCUAGUUGGAGACAGUGGAGUCACCUUGAUAGAGAGUGAUUAUUUGCAAUCGAAGAACACCCAUGGCACAGGGUGUUCACUUGCUUCAGCAAUCUCGUGCAACCUUGCUCUCGGUAUGCCUAUGAUCAAGGCUGUCAAGGAAGCCAAUCGAUACAUUGAAGCCGGAAUCAAAACAGCGAUGGAUAUCGGGCGGGGGAGUGGGCCGAUCAAUCAUUUCCAUUCAAUAUACACUCUCCCUUUCACUCCCGGUAACUUUAUCUCCUACCUACUUGAUCGAGAUGAAGUACAAAUACCAUGGAAAGAGUAUACAGAGCAUGAGUUUGUUCAGAGGAUGGGAGAUGGAACACUACCACUCGAAAAGUUUAUGUACUAUCUUGUGCAAGAUUACCAGUUCCUUGUUCAAUUUGCAAGAGCUACCGCUCUCGCAGCAUACAAGUCAAGCAACCUCAAAGAUAUUGGUCAGUCCGUCCAACAGGUUGUCACUCUCCAAGAGGAGAUACAGCUUCACAUUGAUUUCUGCAAAGAAUAUGGACUCUCCGAAGCCGAUAUUAUCAGCGAGGAAGAGGACCAAGCUACCACAGCAUACACGCGCUACGUUCUUGACAUUGGCAUGUCGCAAGACUUCCUUGCCUUACAGAUAGCCCUUCUCCCUUGCCUGAUAGGCUACGGCAUCAUUGCUAAGCGACUAUAUGAGGACCCAAACACGGUCAGGACUGGCAGUAGAUACUGGAAGUGGAUCGAGCAGUAUGUAGCGGAUGAGUACAGGGGUGCGAUGAUGAGGGGAAGCGAGCUUGUGGAGAAACAUGCAGCAGGCCUAAGUCCAAGCAGAGUGGAGGAACUAGCUAAAGUGUUUAUCCAUGCGACUAAAAUGGAAAGAGGUUUCUGGGACAUGGGAUUGCGGGCUGCACACACGCACAUCAUGUCUUACGGCGGUGGAUAUGGCGGCGGCGGUCGCGAUGGCGGCCGUGGCUACUCAAACGGGUACGACUACAGCAAUGCUGGAUAUGGGUCUUACAGCAACUCGACAAGCCAAUAUGCAUCGUACGGUUUUCUUAGUGGCGGAUACGGCGGUGGCUCCAACGGCUACUCUGGCGGCGGUGGUGGUGGUGGUUACGGCGGCGGUGGCUAUGGCGGUGGCGGCUAUGGUGGUCGCGAUGGAGGUGACCGCAUGUCGCAGCUCGGCCAAGGCUUGAAGCAGCAGCAAUGGGAUCUCGACGCUCUUCCCAAGUUUGAAAAGUCCUUCUACAAGGAGGAUCCCGCAGUCACCGCGCGCUCCGAGGCUGAGGUUGCCGAAUACCGCAAGGAGCACCAGAUGACUGUCAAGGGCACAAACAUUCCCAAGCCAGUCACAACCUUCGAUGAGGCUGGUUUCCCAUCUUACGUUAUGAACGAGGUCAAGGCUCAGGGCUUCGCAAAGCCUACUGCUAUUCAGGCGCAGGGUUGGCCCAUGGCUCUCUCUGGUCGCGAUGUUGUCGGUGUCGCUGAGACUGGUUCCGGAAAGACCCUCACCUACUGUCUUCCCGCCAUCGUCCACAUCAACGCCCAGCCUCUCCUCGCUCCUGGCGACGGUCCUAUCGUUCUCAUCCUCGCUCCCACACGUGAACUUGCUGUCCAGAUUCAGCAGGAGAUCAGCAAGUUCGGAAAGUCUUCGCGCAUUCGAAACACCUGUGUCUACGGAGGUGUUCCCAAGGGUCCUCAAAUCCGUGACCUUGCCCGUGGUGUUGAAGUGUGCAUUGCCACUCCCGGACGUCUUAUUGAUAUGCUCGAAGCAGGAAAAACGAACCUCCGCCGCGUCACUUACCUCGUUCUGGACGAGGCCGACCGCAUGCUUGACAUGGGUUUUGAGCCUCAAAUUCGCAAGAUCAUUGGCCAAAUUCGUCCUGAUCGUCAGACUUGCAUGUGGUCGGCUACAUGGCCCAAGGAAGUCCGCCAACUGGCUGCUGACUACCAGAAGGACUGGAUCCAGGUCAACAUUGGUUCCAUGGACCUCUCUGCUAACCACCGUAUUCAACAGAUCGUCGAGCAUCUCGAGACUAUUAUGAGCGACAAGGAGAACAAGAUCCUCAUCUUCACAGGUACCAAGCGUGUUGCGGACGAAAUUACGCGAUUCCUUCGUCAAGACGGCUGGCCGGCGCUCUCCAUCCAUGGUGACAAGGCGCAAAACGAGCGUGACUGGGUCCUUAACGAGUUUAAGACGGGCAAGAGCCCAAUCAUGGUUGCUACUGACGUAGCUUCCCGUGGUAUCGAUGUUCGCAACAUUACUCACGUGUUCAACUAUGACUACCCGAACAACUCGGAGGACUAUGUCCACCGCAUUGGUCGUACUGGUCGUGCUGGCGCUAACGGAACUGCCAUCACCCUUUUCACUACAGAGAACUCCAAGCAAGCUCGUGACCUCGUUCAAAUUCUUACAGAGUCCAAGCAGCAGAUUGACCCCCGUCUUCAUGAGAUGGCCCGCUACGGUGGUGGCGGCGGUGGUGGUCGCUGGGGAGGUGGCCGUGGCCGUGGAGGAGGCCGCGGCGGCGGUCGUGGUGGCUGGACUGGAGGUAACGGUGAUCCCGUCCGCAACAGCCGCUGGUAA